ACAGAGAAAUUUGAAGAAUAAGUAUAUUGGGUCACUCGCCUCACAAAGCGAAACCCCGAUUCCUAACCCUAAAUCGAAUUCGCUGCUCAAACCCUCAAACUCGCAACCCUAAUCCAAUCCACUUCUAGCAUUCUCUUCCGAAACCAGUUGUGGGAUUCUUCGAUUCUGCUCUCUGCAUUCAUCUUUCUAUAUAUAUCAUAGUUAGCUUCAUCUUGAUUCUCUCUGAAAAGUGUGAAUUUUGGUGAUCUGCUGAAUUAUAGACGACAAUGAGUAGCAGAGGAGGAAGGGACAGAAUUCGUAGAGAUUUCCCUCCAAGAAUGGAAGAGAAGAGCCAUCAUGGGCGAAGUAAUGCUCCUCCGUCAAGACACCUUUGGGUUGGGAAUCUGUCUCACAGCAUAGAGGAAAAAAAUGUAACUCGUCACUUCUUAAAAUUUGGGGAACUUGAGAGUGUCUCUUUCCAACCAGGUCGUAGCUAUGCCUUCAUUAAUUUUAAAAAUGAAGAAGAUGCUUUUGCAGCUGUGAGUGCACUUAAUGGUUUUGUUGUCGCGGGGAAUCCACUUAAAAUUGAGUUUGCAAAGGCGGAUAAGUCAUCAACACCAUCACGUGAUGGAGGUUACUUGCAACGACGAGAUGAAAGGUCUGAAGUAAGAGGAUCUUCAUUCUCACACAGGGAUUCUAGAAAACGUCAUUCUAGUCCUGAUCCACUUUGUCCCAACAAAUCCAAGUUAAGUGAUAGAAAUGCAGAACCGCCAAGUGAGGUCUUAUGGAUAGGGUUUCCAUCUUUGCUGAAGGUAGAUGAAGUGACUUUAAGGAAGGCUUUUUCACCAUUUGGUGAGAUUGUGAAGGUUACUGCAUUUCCAGGUCGUAGUUAUGCCUUUGUUCGCUUCAAAAAUGUAGUGGCAGCCUGCAGGGCCAAACAAACUCUCCAGGGGAAAUUAUUUGGUAAUCCUCGUGUGCACAUAUGCUUUGCAAAGAGUGAAUCUAGCUCAUCCAACAGUGGAAGGAACUCAAUGAAUUCCCCUCCUUCCCCACAUUUCAAGUCAUAUGGACGCAUGGGAUCAUCUGAGAACUUUCGACAGGAUAGAAAUUUUGGGAGCUUCACCGAAGAUCCAGACAUGAGAUCUCGUUUUGUGCCAAAUCUGGAGUCUCGGGAUCUUGAUGUCAUGAGUUUAAGCCAGAAGGGUAAUUUAUGGGAAGGUAUGGGUGGUGCAUUUGAACAGAGGAGGUUCCAAGAACCGGGGCGUGAACUAGGAUUACCAGAAAAUAUGUAUGAACGCUGUGGUAGUCCUACAAGAGAUCAAGGUGAUCAUUUCCAUGAUUUUUCUUCUCAGCAAUUUCCUCAAAAAGGUCCAUUCUAUGAUGAUUCUUGGGACUUGCCAGAAGAGCCCUUGCUCUUUCAUGGAGCUAAGAAACUAAAAAUUGGCUCUUUUCCUUCAGAGAACGAGCUUCCAGAAUAUCAUUUCUCCAGUUCGGACCAAGCAAAACAUGGUUUCCCUAGGAUGUUCCAUGAUCUUCCUCAACCCGAGGCCCCUGAUAAAAAUUUUGAGUCUAAACCUUUUGGGUAUAAUCAAAUUGAUGACCGCCCUAUGAAUUUAACCCAACCGUACGGAGAAAGGAGUGAACACUGGAAUGCAUCUUAUGAUAGCUUCCCAGAUGGUUAUGGUUUGCCUCCCCCAAACCCUGUUGAGUGGAAAAGAUUAACUCCCGAAUCACAUCAGUCUUCUUUGACUGAAGAGUGGAAAUGGGAAGGGACUAUAGCAAAGGGAGGAACUCCCAUCUGUCGGGCUCGCUGCUUUCCUGUGGGAAAAGUACUGGACAUGAUGUUGCCUGAAUUCUUAGAUUACACAGCAAGGACUGGCUUAGACAUGCUUGCAAAGCAUUACCAUCAAGCAGCUAGUGCCUGGGUGGUGUUCUUUGUUCCAGGGAGUGAUGGUGAUAUUGGAUUCUACAAUGAAUUCAUGCAUUAUCUGGAGGAGAAACAGCGAGCAGCAGUGGUUAAAUUGGAUGAAAGGACCACCUUGUUUCUUGUACCCCCUUCAGAAUUCUCGGAGAAAGUACUCAAGGUCCCGGGGAAAUUGAGUAUUUCUGGUGUUAUUUUAAGGUUAGAACCUUCUGGUUCCAAUUUGAGGUCUUCUCUUCAACAUCCAAAUGAAAAAAUAGAUACUAAUUUCAUGCCUUACCAUGGGGAUACACCGUCAGGACCUUUUACCCCAUUACCGCCUUUUCCAAAUAUGGGAAAAUCUGGGGUCAGUAAUUUAUCUUUUCUGGGGAAUUUGUCUACAGCAGCUUCACCUGCAUCUUUGUCAGGCUCUGCUCAUGCUAAUGAGAACAGGCAUGAUUAUAUGCUUCAUCAGCAAAUCCCAACAUUUGUACCAAACUGGUCACCUCAAAAUCUGCAGAACUCAAAUUCUGGUGCUGGUAAUGUAGCAUCACAAACAUCAAAUACCACUGUUGAUCCUGCUUUUCAGGGACGUAAUGCGGUCAUGCCAAGGGUUGUGCAAGAACCUAGUUACACCACUGGAAUUUCAGGUAUCCCAAUAGAAGCGAAGCCUCAAGUUUCUUCAUCCAUGCCCAUUGCAGUGCUUCAACCUGAAAAACUCGCGCAACUGGCAUCAUUCCUUCUUGGGCAACCAAGGCAUCCGGGGAGUGGUCCCGCUUCAUCUAUAGGGGAAGAUUUUAGGGAGCCGAGCACCGUGAAUCAUUCUGAAAACUUGUACAGGACACCAGCGCAAUAUGGUUUACAGAACCAGGUACAUUCUGAGCUUUUGGCAUCUCAGUUUGGUCAACUGCAGCCUCAGCAGCAGGGAUCAAAUGCGCCUGCGGUGCCUCAAAGGGAGUUUCAGACAGAUGCUCAAGGGAAUCAACAACUGCACAGUUCUGGAGUGCAAGCAGAAGAUGCAGAUCCCCAGAAACGCCUGCAAGCAACGCUACAGCUGGCAGCAAGUCUUCUUCAGCAAAUCCAACAAGGGAAAGGAACGUGAGAAGUACGAAGGGUGGACACCAAAUAUGAAGUCUGAUGCUUGGCGAUUCUAGAGAUGGCUACAUCCAUCCAGAGUGUUAUUUUUUGUGGUUUUCUUUGUUUAAAUAACAUAUGUUUAUCUUAAUCAGAAUCACCAAGGUUAGUAUACAGACACAUGGAAAGUGGACCCGCCAGUUUUGAUGGCCACUUUCAAUGCAAUGACUUGGUCUUUCUUUCGUUCACUCUGCUCUGCUCUGUUGUAUGCGCUUAGGGUGUAUCUAGACAUUUUGUAGUUUCUCAGUGAUGAUAGGUCUCAACUUGUUUGGAAAUAUUAUGUGGUUGUGAUAAGGUGGUGGAAAUGUCAGAGUUUUGAUUAUUGCUCUUA